AUGAGUGAUCAAAGGACCGAGAAGCCUGCAGAUGAAGUACCCAGAAGCCCGCAUGCUCCCGGCGACUUUGCUGGUAGCAGCGACGCCUCUCUCACUGAGACCGGACAGCGCAGGAUACAGGGAUGGAGAUGGGCCGUUGCCUAUGCAGCGAUGCUGUCGACAACACUCCUCUUUGCUAUCGACAAUACUAUCGUUGCAAACAUCCAGCCCAGUAUUAUCAACGACUUCGGCCAUCUCGAGCUCAUGACAUGGAUCGGUACGGGUUUCGCCCUGGGUACCAUGUUCAUUCUGCUUUGGGGUAAAGUGUAUGGUGUCUUCAACAUCAAAUGGGUCUACAUCUUCAACAUCUUCCUCUUCGAAGCCGGGAGCGCUGUAUGCGGUGCUGCGCCUAACAUUCAAGUACUCAUAAUCGGCCGUGUCAUCGCUGGCAUUGGUGGUUCUGGGAUGUACUCUGGCACCUUGACAUACGUCUCGGUUCUAACCAACGAGCAAGAGAAGCCAGCAUAUCUUGCUGGAAGUACUGUUGUUUGGGGCAUUGGCAGUGUCCUUGGCCCUGUGGGAUUCUACAUCAAUCUUCCUAUCGGCGCUGUUUUUGCUCCUGCAUACUUCCUGCUAUUCCCCAGUACUGAUCCAAACCCUACCAAAACCCUGGCAGAGAAGCUCCGCCUCGUGGAUUGGAUCAACGCAGUCAUUUUCCUGGCGGGAUCUGCUUGCCUGACCGUUGCCCUCACCUUCGGCGGUGUCGUCUAUUCAUGUCACUCGGGGACCAUAAUCGCACUCUGGACUGUCACCGGCGUUCUACUUGUGGCUUUCAUUGUCUUACUUAAAAUACAUCCUCUAGUCUCGAAGGAAAACCGCUUGUAUCCCUUGCAUUUCUUCAAGAAGUGGAUUCUUAUCAACAUGCAGCUCCAGGUCUUUCUAUCUUCUGGCAUCAUCUUAGGCGAUGGAGCACUCGAGGCUGGAGUUCGUUUACUGCCUUUGAUCAUGUUUAUGGUUGCUGUCUCGAUGUUAAAUGGCUUCCUGAUGCCAAAAUACGGACUGAUCCCUUUUUGGUACAUCGGCGGUAGUGCUCUUGCACUCAUCGGUAGUGCUCUAAUGUAUACCAUCGAUGACACAACAUCUAACGGCAAGGUAUAUGGCUACAACAUACUUGUCGGAGCCGGAGCCGGGUGCUACAUCGUCGCUGGAUUCGCCAUCAUGCAGUCACUGGUCCCAACCCACGAAAUUGCCAACGCAGUUGCCCAGGAUCUCGGAAUGGUGAUUUUUCUUGCUGUCAGUGGCAGCCUAUUCCACAACGUCGCCGUUGACAAAGUGGGCAACGCUCUGCCAAGCGCCUCUGAAACUGAGAUUGGCAACUUGAUUGCGGGCACGAGCAGCGCUGCGUUCAAAGCUCUUUCUGAAGAAGAAAAGGCCGCUGUUAUACCAGAGAUCGCAAGUGCUAUGAAGAGCAUCUGGGCCUUUUUCAUGGCGGCCGCUGCCCUCAGUUUUGUGUGCGCUUGUCCACUAGUUACAGCUAAGCUUGGGGGAAAGAAGCUCAAACCAACUGCGAUAGCCUAA